GGAACCUCCUGGGCUCAGCUCUAGAACUUCCCUUUAACAGCCGCGCGAAGCCCCGACCGAGCACCAUGGUGAAGUGGACCGAAGACGAGAAGCAGCUGAUCACCAACUGCUGGGCCAAGGUCAAUGUGCCCGAGAAAGGGGCUGCCACCCUCAGCACCCUCCUGAUCGGGUACCCCUGGACCCAGAGGCACUUCUCCCACUUUGGGAACCUGAGCAGUGCCGAUUACAUCCUGAACAACCCCCAGGUCAAGGCGCACGGCAAGAAGGUGCUCACCGCCUUCGGGGACGCCAUCAAGAACCUGGACAACAUCAAGGCCACCUUCUGCGAGCUGAGCGAGCUGCACUGCGACAAGCUGCACGUGGACCCCCACAACUUCAAGCUCCUGGGCGACGUCCUGCUCAACCGCUUGGCCGUCCACUUCGGGAGGGACUUCACCCCCGAGCUCCACGCCGCCAUGAACAAGCUGAACCACACGGUGGCCCACAGCCUGGCCCGCAUGUACCACUGAGCCGCCGCCGCCGCCGCCCCCCCGUUGCCCAGAGCAACCUCCUCCCCCCAAGCACGAUGUGACGGGAAUGUCUAAUAAAACUCGCCUCCUGCAA